GAAACGGUUGGAGGUGCACCGCUUGUCGUGUUACGGCUCUUCUUUUUCCCCCUUUUAUCCAAUCUGAUCCUAACCUUUCUUCUUAAAGCGUCCCAUCUGGCUCGCAAUUCCCCGCUCUACCCCGAUUUUUAUCUCUAAAACGCGUAUACGACUUGGGUACUGUUAUUCAAGUGCCUUGAUAUUCAAGCGGUACGACUUUCGCGACGCGUCUCGUGGUGAUUUAAGAUAUUCCCCCAGUGCCUUGACCCGCACAAAGUACAAGAGAAAGAAAAACCACGUGUCGAUCACGUGCAGAUUCUUGUGUGCAAGUGUAUUUUUUUUUGCAAGCGUUCUGUUAAGUUUCGUAACCCUUAACAACUGUUAACCAAUUGUUUGACGAAUACGUUUUUCGUCGUGAAUCGUGCGUGAAGAUUUAAUCGUGGUGUACUGGAGCAAUAUUCGUUCGGUUUCCGGACUCUUUGAAAAGUGUGACACAGUAAACGUUCCCUCGUUUUUUUUUAUACAAUCGUUGCCUGUCACGUGAUUUGACCAGGAUCGGAUUUUAUUGUUACAAAGUACUAUUGGUUUAAGCAGCAGUAUGAAAAUGCUUACCUACUCCACCGCGGAAACCGACAAGAAGAGCCAAAAUCCGUUUUUAGGCACGAUGGCGAUGGAUACCACUUCGUCCAUCGAGUAUGACGCUAUCGCCAUUAUGAACUUGAACAACACCGCGAAUAGCAACGCUAGCGUCAACAACAUGAACCUCAGCCCCGGCAGCCUCAACAAUAACAAUCAUACCCUGAACAACAACAAUCCGAAGGUGAUAAACAACAACACCAUGGCGGACGCGGGUGGUAAGCUGUCGCCGUGCCAGGACCAAGACGAGGAGGCCGUGAGCGACCAGCCCGAUCCGGACUAUAUCAAGAUGUUCGUCGGGCAGGUGCCUCGCUCGAUGGACGAGCAGCAGCUGAAGGAGAUGUUCGAGGAGUUCGGUAGGGUGCACCAGAUCAACGUGCUGCGGGACAAGACAUCCGGUCAGAGCAAGGGGUGCUGUUUUGUGACGUUUUACACGCGAAAGGCAGCCCUCAAGGCUCAAGAUGCGCUGCAUAAUAUCAAAACACUCGUCGGGAUGCACCAUCCGAUCCAGAUGAAACCCGCCGACAGCGAAAAUCGAAACGAGCGCAAACUGUUCGUCGGUAUGCUGAGCAAAAAGUAUAACGAGAACGACGUUCGACAGCUGUUCUCCGGCCACGGCACCAUCGAGGAGUGCACGGUGCUGCGUGACCCGUCCGGGCAGAGUAAAGGCUGUGCUUUCGUAACAUUCGCAACCAAACAGGCCGCGAUCGGUGCAAUUAAGCAUCUUCAUCAGAGCAAAACGAUGGAAGGCUGCUCGGCGCCGCUGGUCGUGAAGUUUGCCGACACGCAGAAGGAAAAGGAUGCCAAACGGAUGCAACAGAUGCAGUCGAAUCUGUGGAACAUGACCGGCAUCAAUCAACCGAUCACGCAGUCGGUAACGCCGCUGACCGCGUCCGCCCAUCCGAAUCCACCGCAGCAGCAGACCCCGUUCUUGGCGGCGGAUGCCAUCUCCCCACCGAUCACCUUGCUCCAGCAGCUGCAAGCCGUGGCGCAGCAGCAGCAUCUAAUGCAAGGUUCGUUUCUGGAGCACCAAGAACUCGGACUUGGUGCACAGACUGAUACGAGCGCCGCUGCCGCCGCCGCAAGCCUUCUCGCCCCGCUGUCGAUGCAGAACCUGGUGACGCUCGCCGCAAUGACGCAGCCGUCACUGCAAACUGCGGCCGCAGCAGCUGCCCAGACACCGGCAUCGGCCAUCACCAAUGCAGCGACAUCCUUGUCCGGUCUGUUAGGGAAGACAGCUACGUCAGGGACCACCGGAAGUGAUACAGCUAGCCUGACUUCAUACGCCGCCUUACCGCAGUUUGGUUCAGCAGCAGCCACUGCAGCAGCAUUCACCCCGACGCCUUUACCUACCCCGUCGAUAGCGCAAGCGGUGGCUGCCGCCGCCGGAAAGCAGAUUGAAGGACCGGAAGGUUGCAAUCUGUUCAUCUAUCACCUGCCGCAGGAAUUCACCGACACCGAUCUGGCCUCGACGUUCAUGCCGUUCGGUAACGUCGUCUCGGCGAAGGUUUUCAUCGAUAAGCAGACGAACCUGUCGAAGUGCUUCGGUUUCGUGUCGUUCGACAACGUCGCAUCGGCUCAGGCGGCCAUCCAGGCGAUGCACGGUUUCCAGAUCGGCACCAAGCGACUGAAGGUGCAGCUCAAGCGCUCGAAGGAUGCCUCCAAACCAUACUAGGAUUUGGGGCAGCUGGCGGCGGCAGCGAACGCACAGCUGCUCAAGUGCUGCGCGGCUGCCGUCGCCACCGCCACUGCCACCAUCAUCGCACGCGCAACAAUCACCGCCACCACCACCACCACCGCCCCCGACACCCGGCAAAACAACUCAUCCAGUGGGAACCGCAUAAGCGCAUUCCCAACAAACAACCUCAAAUUUACCACCAGUACCAACGGAAGAUCCACGGGAGUGACUAGUGAGUCCUGAGGCAGGCAACCAGGGGGUAAGGAAGAGGACUAAGAAGCGAUGGCUAAUUGUGCUCAGCAUAUAACAUCAACAACAACAACAACAACAACAGCACAACGCAACAUGCAAGCCUCCCUCUAAUUGAUGUAGCCUCUGUGAUGGCCAGCUUUUGUCGCUGUAUGUCAAAGGACCGUCGAAGACUACAACUACCACCCACCACCACCGCACUCGUUAUCCUUGGAAAUGGUACAGGGGGAAGGGAUUGUACGACCACACUCUACACUAUUGUUCCCAAACAUGCAACACGAACCGUACGAAAAGGCAUCAACUAUCCGUUUGAUGCGAGCAGCUCUAGUUGUCGUUAGGUGUAUUGAAAGUUCAUUUCAUAGGAACUUUUAUUUUCUGUUUCUGUUACCACCUUUCUUACCCACUUGUACGUGUGCGUGUGUGUGAGCGUGUGUCAGCAAGCUAUGUUAAGGUUAAUGUCGUCGGUGUUAUGAUCGAUCGAAACGGAUCGAUAUCCGCUCGAAAGAGGUUGUACAGAAAAGGUUGACUUGUGACGUGACGUUGUGUUACCUUUAUGUGCGUAACUGUACUAUAAGUUAAUGUCACAAGCAAAGCAAAAACUAGUUGAACCGGAAAUCCCAGCAACCACAAACAAAAAACGCAGGUGACUACGAUUGUGCGCGAUCUUUUGCGAUCCAAUGGUGCUCGCAGUUAGAUUUUGAACUGACUUUCAUUGAAAAUGGCCAUUUACUUUUUUGUUUGAUUUUUUUUUCAUCUACUGUAUCUAAUUUUCAACUGCGUGACAGUUACUUUAGUUUGAUGGAUUUGUUAGUUGUGGAUUUUAUUAUUUUGUUUCUUUCAUUAAUCGUUCAUAUUUCAAUAACUUUAAGUUUGUUUUCAUGUAUGUAAUGAAUUCAAUAUCAAUCAAUCGGCUAAAUACUAAUUUGAAUCAUAUGAAACGACGGUAUUGAUCCCUGAUACUGUUUUAUGUAUUUUUACUUUUUUUCUUUUUCAUUUUCAUAAAAUCAAUUUGCAUUCUCUUUUGCAACACACUUAUUAGGCAGCUCAUUUAUUUAGCACAAAUUGUAAACGCAGCACUAUAUCGUUUAUCUGUUUACCUUUUAAAUAUAAUAUGUUGAUUGAUUUUAAGCGAUUUCAACGCCGGCACGUUUGGUGCGAUCAUGUUAGUAGUAAUAAGAAUGAACUAGUCCUUGCGCAAGUUACGAUGUGGACCAAGGAAUACAAAUUCUGCACCUGCUAAAACAAUCCAUGCAAGUUCCUCCCGGCUUGCAUCUGAGAGUGAAUUGUUUCAAAGUUUUGUUUCUCUUUCUUUUAUAUUACUCUAUCUAUUAUUAAACAAAUUUCUUUCGUUUAUUCAUAUUCAUAAGUACGCGCACGUAAAUGAAAAAUAGUUCAAAGCUAACAGAACAGAUCGCCAUUCGCGAGGAAGAGAGAUACACUUGUUUCAUGCCAUGAGCUUGUAAAGCCUGACCGUGUAGCAACGCUUUUUUCCUUUCCGGUUGAAUGUAUCCUUUUGAAUAAGGAACUAUAAGAAAGUCUGGGAGGCUGUGUAAUAACAGUUCUCUAUUGCUGUGUGUAAUACGUAUCGCAAGAUUGCCGUUUGUUCGAUGUGUUUCCGUACUUACCGUUUUCUGUAUCCCGCUGCCACGAGUUGUUUGAUUUGUGUAUAACAAAACUGUUGUAACUACUUGUACAAUGUGGGAACCUUCUAAAAGAAAAAAAAUAGAUGGAAAACAACACACGCAAGAGCGCGCCUGAAGAGGAGUGAUAGACGUACUAAAGAAGAACACACACGCCUGUAGGAAAGGAAAAGAAAGAAGCAUAUGAUAAGAGAGCGAUAUCAUAUUAUGUUGUGUAGCGUAUAUCAUGUAUAAGCAUUAUUCUUUUGUUAAAUCACAUCAAAUGUCAUUCAUUUAUUCUUUCGUAACAUAAACUUCUGCAAAAUA